UCAACUAACGCUACUCCAAGAGCUGUUCUUAAAGAACGAGUUUUUCGACAGCCCAAUCCGGUACAGGGGUCUUUUUAUCCUGCUCCCCCUCCUUCCUCUCCCAAGCAAGCUUGCCAUAGAGAUAUAUAGGGACAGUGAUGGCGGAGGAUGGUAGACAAGGUAUAAUGGUGGUACAGCCGACGGCCGCUAACCCCAUCGCCCAAAUCCAGUCCCGGUUCAAGGAGCUGGAGGCAGGAUUCCGUUCAUGGCUCGAGAAGCAGCCUCUGCCUGUGGAGGCCGCUGUUGUUACCAGCACCGGCGCAGUCCAGGGUGCUGCUAUCGGUGGCCUCAUGGGUACCCUCACAUCCGACAUGUCUUCCGGUUUCCCCUCCCCUCCACCCCAAGCAGCCGGGCUCAACCCCCAGGCCAUUUCUUCUCUCAAGCAAGCUCAGGCUUUUACAGGAGGCCCCUUGGUACAAGCCCGUAAUUUUGCCGUCAUGACUGGUGUAAAUGCAGGUAUUUCUUGUGUCAUGAAAAGGAUACGAGGGGUGGAGGAUGUCCAAAGUAGCAUGGUUGCAGCUUUUGGUUCAGGGGCAAUGUUUUCAUUGGUGAGUGGAAUGGGAGGCCCAAAUCAGUUUGUCAAUGCUGUCACAUCGGGAUUAUUUUUUGCGCUUGUUCAAGGCGGCCUUUACAAGGUUGGCCAGAAAUUUUCACAGCCACCUGCUGAUGAUAUUUAUUACAGGCGAGCUAGAAAUAUGCUUACUAGUCUGGGCUUAGAGAACUAUGAGAAGAACUUCAAGAAAGGCCUGCUCACUGAUAACACUUUACCUCUUCUUACAGACAGUGCUCUUAGAGAUGUUAAGAUCCCUCCUGGGCCAAGGCUUCUCAUUCUUGAUCACAUCCAGAGGGACUCUGAGUUGAAGAAAGAAAGGUGAUGAAGUUGGAGGUUAGUAAAUCAAGAAUCAACUGGAACAAUUAUUUAGAAGUGAAAGUCAACUGGCACACAAGUAGUUGUUUUCUUAAAUUAUUACCAUGUAUGACUUCCUCUUGAGACUUGUUUUAUUGUACCCAAAUUUAUUUAAAGCAAUUGAGAAAAAAAAAAAAACUUGUCCAAAAAAAGAGAUACAAUUUCCC